GGGCGAGCCGGGCGGCAGGUGUCGGCGGCGUCGGCAUUCGGCGGCGAUGGAGCGGCCCCGGGGAGCUGCGGAUGGCCUCUCGCGCUGGCCCCACGGCCUCGGCCUCCUCCUCCUCCUCCAGCUGCUGCCGCCGGAGACCUUCGGCCAGGACCGGCUGGACGCGCCGCCGCCGCCCGCUGCGCCGCUGUCGCGCUGGUCCGGCCCCGUCGGGGUGAGCUGGGGGCUGCGCGCGGCCGCGCCCGGGGGCCCGGUUCCCCGCGGCGGCCGUUGGCGCCGCAGCGCGCUCGAGGAGGACCAGGACUGCGGUCGGGUCCGGGACUUCGUCGCCAAGCUGGCCAACAACACGCACCAGCAUGUGUUUGAUGAUCUCAGUGUCUCAGUAUCCUUGUCCUGGGUUGGCGAUGGCACUGGGAUCAUUCUGGUCUUGACUACCUUCCAUGUACCACUGGUAAUUAUGACUUUUGGACAGUCCAAGCUAUAUCGAAGUGAGGACUAUGGAAAGAACUUUAAGGAUAUUACAAAUCUCAUCAAUAACACCUUCAUUCGGACUGAGUUUGGCAUGGCUAUUGGUCCUGAGAAUUCUGGAAAGGUGAUUUUAACAGCAGAGGUGUCUGGAGGAAGUCACGGAGGAAGAAUCUUCAGAUCGUCAGAUUUUGCAAAGAACUUUGUUCAGACCAAUCUCCCUUUCCAUCCUCUGACUCAGAUGAUGUAUAGCCCUCAGAAUUCUGAUUAUCUUUUAGCUCUCAGCACUGAGAAUGGCCUGUGGGUGUCCAAGGAUUUUGGGGGAAAAUGGGAAGAAAUCCACAAAGCAGUAUGUUUGGCCAAAUGGGGAUCAGAAAACACCAUCUUCUUUACCACCUAUGCAAAUGGCUCCUGCAAAGCUGACCUUGGGGCACUGGAAUUAUGGAGAACUUCAGACUUGGGGAAAAGCUUCAAAACCAUUGGUGUGAAAAUCUACUCAUUUGGUCUUGGGGGACGUUUCCUUUUUGCCUCUGUGAUGGCUGAUAAGGAUACAACAAGAAGGAUUCAUGUGUCAACAGAUCAAGGGGACACAUGGAGCAUGGCCCAGCUACCUUCUGUGGGGCAGGAACAGUUCUAUUCUAUUCUAGCAGCUAAUGAUGACAUGGUGUUCAUGCAUGUCGAUGAACCCGGAGAUACCGGAUUUGGAACAAUCUUUACCUCAGAUGAUCGAGGCAUUGUCUACUCCAAGUCCUUAGACCGACAUCUCUACACCACCACAGGUGGCGAGACAGACUUUACCAAUGUGACCUCCCUCCGUGGGGUCUACAUAACAAGUGUGCUCUCAGAAGAUAAUUCCAUCCAGACUAUGAUCACUUUUGAUCAAGGAGGAAGAUGGAAGCAUCUGAGGAAGCCCGAAAACAGUGAAUGCGAUGCUACAGCAAAAAACAAGAAUGAGUGCAGCCUUCAUAUUCACGCUUCCUACAGCAUCUCCCAGAAGCUAAACGUCCCAAUGGCCCCGCUCUCUGAGCCUAAGGCCGUCGGCAUAGUCAUUGCCCACGGUAGUGUAGGGGAUGCCAUCUCAGUGAUGAUCCCAGAUGUAUACAUCUCAGAUGAUGGGGGUUACUCCUGGACGAAGAUGCUGGAAGGACCCCACUAUUACACCAUCCUGGAUUCCGGAGGCAUCAUUGUGGCCAUUGAGCACAGCAGCCAUCCUAUCAAUGUGAUUAAGUUCUCCACAGAUGAAGGUCAGUGCUGGCAAACCUACAUGUUCACCAGGGAGCCCAUCUACUUUACUGGCCUCGCUUCAGAACCUGGAGCUCGGUCCAUGAAUAUCAGCAUUUGGGGUUUCACAGAAUCUUUCCUGACUCGCCAAUGGGUCUCCUACACCAUUGAUUUUAAAGAUGUCCUUGAAAGGAACUGUGAGGAGAAGGACUAUACCAUAUGGCUGGCUCAUUCCGCAGACCCUGGAGAUUACGCAGAUGGCUGCAUCUUGGGCUACAAGGAGCAGUACCUGCGGCUUCGCAAGUCAUCCGUCUGCCAGAACGGUCGGGACUACGUUGUGACCAAGCAGCCGUCUGUCUGUCCCUGCUCCCUGGAGGACUUCCUCUGUGAUUUUGGCUACUUCCGUCCAGAAAAUGACUCCAAAUGUGUGGAACAGCCAGAGCUAAAGGGCCACGAUCUGGAAUUUUGUCUGUAUGGCAGAGAGGAGCACCUGACAACAAAUGGGUACCGAAAAAUUCCAGGAGACAGAUGCCAAGGUGGCGUGAAUCCAGUCCGAGAAGUAAAAGACUUGAAAAAGAAAUGCACAAGCAACUUCCUGAGUCCUGAAAAGCAGAACUCCAAGUCAAAUUCUGUUCCAAUCAUCCUGGCCACCGUGGGAUUGAUGCUGGUCACAGUCGUAGCAGGGGUGCUCAUUGUGAAGAAGUACGUCUGUGGGGGAAGGUUCCUGGUGCACCGCUAUUCCGUGCUGCAGCAGCAUGCUGAGGCCAAUGGCGUGGAUGGCGUGGAUGCCCUGGACACGGCCUCCCACACUCACAAGAGUGGUUAUCAUGAUGACUCAGAUGAGGACCUCCUGGAAUAGCUCUUCAAAGUGGCUGGGACCGAGCACAGAUGAUGGAACCGCAGUACCUCUCACACGCCCUGUGGCUCCGACUUGGGGGAAAUAAAUUUCCCAUUGCAAGGGACCCAGCUCUGUUUCUGCUGCUUCCACCAAAGCCAAAAGGACCUGCGCUAAAGAAAUGUGGGCGGGUGGGGACCCGAAACACUCUCACGAUUGGCUCUGAGAAGGGGGGGAAUCUAAAUUCUUUAAUUUUUUAUUUCAAGUUCUGUCUUUUUGCAAAGUAUGGGUUCUUUUGGUUUUGUUUCUGUUUGGUAAGGGAAAUGGGAUUGGAAGGGAAUGUUUCACUAACCCCCCUCUUGCAUGUUUUGCAUGGCGCCUGCCCCCAGGCACCUGCCAGCCCCGGCAUCAACCAUCACCAAGUACUCGGUGCUGUCCCCGGGCUCUGCCGGUGACACGGAGCAGCUGCUGAGAGGGACUCGGGGGCUGCGAUGACUGGCACGGCCUGGCGGCCUUUCCCCGGCCAGGGACAGCCCCACCCCGAGAGUGCUGCACACCAGCUCCUCACACACACCCCGCCUUUGCUUGCUUGCUCUUUUGGGGACCAUGGACCACAGUGGUGUCUCUUCCCCCCACCCCAUUUAAUUAGGCAGUACCCUCGUUAAUUGCCCUUUGGCAACUGACUUAACCAUGUGCUUCCAAGACACUAAAUCAGGAAAACUUAAAGGGCAAUAUUUUUAACUUGGGGCAGGAAGAAGGGAGCAGCAGGGAAUUGACUAGGGUUAGCACCUAUUAAAGGACAAAUUCUUGCUUCUUCCAAGAUCUUUCCAGCCGUGCUUCGUGUCUGUGCCUGUGAACUUGCUCAAGGACAGGGUGAGGGCUUGCCCUGGAUAUCUGUCCAGGCUGUGGGGUCUCUCCGCUGGAGCCGAGGGAGGGUGCCCGGGGUGGCCCCUGAGGACUGAACAUCACAGUCCUCCGUGUCCUCUGCCACCUGUGGGCACAGUGGUGAAUCCUUAGGAUGGCUACUUGCUUGCUUCCUCUUGGACUGCUGUUGUACAUGGAGCCAGGACUAGACAUGUUUUCAGAUUUAUAAACUAUUUUUU